AUUAGAGUGUCCAGAAUUAUGCACCGCAGAAUCUCUGUUGGGUAAAUUCCCGGUAUGGUCAAAAAAACUUGAUGUUCAUAACCAAGGGCGAGUUAUGAGGCACGUUCCCGUAAACCAUCAUUCGAUGCAAAAUAAUCCUGCCUCGGCUGUGGUACGACCUCAAAGUAAACUGGGGUUUUUUAUGCAU